AAAAAAUUCAAAUAACACCUUCACCAAAUUUUAUUAAUAUUCCUCUCAGUUAUGUUCAAAGGUGGUGGAUUUGACAUUGUUCAUAGCGGAGCUAUUGACAUCAUGCAACCACCCCAUGAACAAUGGGGAGAUUACCCCAACAUUGCAUUUCCAAACUACUCAAAACCCAUGAAUAAUAUUACUGAGAAAACCAAUCAUGAAUUUGUACUUCCUCAGUGGAUCGAGCAUGUCACAAAGCAGCUUAUAAUCGAAGCCCCGGAACCGGAAACCGGGUUAUCAUCAUCAUCACCAUCCACCUUGCAGGCUCAAACGACAACAACGGUGUACGAAAAUAGUACUAACAUAGUUCCAACCCUUGUUGGUGACUUGAUGAUGAAGCCGAGAAAAUCAGCAAGAAGAAGUUACGAUCAUAACGCGGGGAAUAAUGAUCAUCAGCAUCAUCAAUGGUGCCUUGAUGAUGAUGAUGAGCACGAUCACGUAGAUGAUGCAAUUAUAAGCACUACUAAGAGAUCGUCGCCAUUAAUGGCUAAUGGCGACGAUCAGAGUUUGAGCUUCAUGACAAUACUAAUGGAAUGCGCAGUGGCGAUUUCGGUUGAUAAUAUCGGAGAAGCUCACAAAAUGUUACUUGAGCUAACUCAAAUGGCAACACCUUAUGGUCCAUCCUGCGCUGAAAGAAUUGUGGCUUAUUUCUCUAAGGCUAUGGCAAGUAGGGUUGUGAAUUCUUGGCUAGGGAUUUGUUCACCUUUGAUUAGCCACAAAACGUUACAUUCUGCUUUCCAAGUCUACAACAACGUUUCACCUUUCAUCAAAUUCGCGCAUUUCACUUCCAACCAAUCCAUCCUUGAGGCAUUCCAUCGUCGCGAAAGGGUCCACAUCAUUGAUCUCGAUAUCAUGCAAGGCUUGCAAUGGCCGGCGUUGUUCCACAUCCUCGCGACGCGGAUGGAAGGUCCCCCUCACGUCAGGAUGACGGGAAUGGGGACGUCCAUUGAAGUGCUGAUAGAGACAGGAAAAAAUUUAUCUAAUUUUGCGAAACGCUUAGGGAUGUCCUUUGAGUUUCACCCGAUUGCGAGGAAAUUUGGGGAUGUGGAUGUCUCCAUGUUACAAAUUAGAAGGGGUGAAACUGUUGCGGUGCAUUGGUUACAACACUCAAUGUAUGAUGCCACUGGACCUGAUUGGAAGACAAUGAGACUUUUACAAGAAAUAUCGCCUAGGGUUAUUACAUUGGUUGAGCAAGAAAUAUCUCAUGGGGGGAAUUUCUUGGACAGAUUUGUGGGUUCUCUUCACUACUAUUCCACCAUUUUCGACUCCCUUGGAGCUUACUUGAAGAGUGAUGACCCGAAUCGCCACCGGGUAGAACAUGACCUUCUUUACAAAGAGAUUAAUAACAUUUUGGCUAUCGGUGGACCAGCAAGGAGUGGAGAGGAUAAAUUCAAACAUUGGAGGAAUGAACUGUUGAGAAAUGGAUUCGUGCAAAUUGGGAUGAGUGCAAAUUCUAUGGCACAAGCCCAACUGAUUCUCAAUAUGUUUCCCCCAUCUCAUGGGUAUAGCCUUGUUCAAGGAGAUGGAACACUUAGGCUAGGGUGGAAAGAUACGAGUCUGUAUUCAGUUUCUGCUUGGACUUCACCUCAUUCUAGAUAGUCAUGAUGUAAUCAUAAAAUUUGUCGCAGUCCUUAUUUUGCCUUGAUGAUUAAAUUUUC